AGUCUGGGGCUGCCCUUGGCCCAGCAGGACACGGUACACGCAGCUGCACCCUGCCACCUUCUUCUGGUUGUAUUUGUAGCAUCUGAGGCUGCACCUGGAUUUGAGCCUGGGCUCUGCUGCUCACUGCUGAGUGGGUAGAUACCCAGGCCCAGGGACUGCAACCUGCGGUGGGGCUGAGACCUUCAGGGGAAGGAACAAGGGCCAAUGGUUCUUUAUUAGUUUUUAAUUAUGUGUAUGUCUGCCGAAUCUAGUCCGCUGCAAGAGCAGUAUGCAUUAAUUAUGUGUUUGUCUGCCGAAUCCAGUCCGCUGCAAGAGCAGUAUGCAUUAAUUACUGAGCUUUCAAUCGCUCCAAUCCCCAACCCCCAGACAAGGUCUCUGGGCUGGACAGGACAGAUGGUUCAGAGGCUAAAAGUGCUUGUUGCUUUUGCGGAGGGCCCGGGAUUUGAUUCCCAGCACCCACACAGUGGCUUACAACCAUCUAUAACUCCACUUCCAUAGGAUGCGAAAUGUCCUGUUCUGACUACUGUGGGCACCAGGUACCUACACAUAAAAGCAAACAAAACUGUCAUAUAAUAAGAUAACAAGACAAGGUCUAGCUAUGUAACUCAAGUUGACCUUGAACUCAUAGGUGGUCCUCCUGCCUCAGCCUUCCAAGCGAUGACUGAUGAGUGUCACCAGGCUCAACUGGGUCCCUGUGGUUGUGGCAUCCACCUCUAGAGAGAUCCAGAUGUCCCCUGUGUUCCCUGGCCAGUCCCUCCAAUUCCCUACAACUAAACUCUUAGUACCACAGGUUGCAUAGCUGACACCCUGCCUGGUCAGCCCCACCCUAGUCCCCUCUCUAGAUCCAGCAGCCUUAAAUUUCUGCCCUUUCUUUGCUACACAGCCUAGUGGACAGGACUGGCACUCCACGGUUCCCCUCCUCAGAUGGGCCAGGGGACAUUCCCCAAAGAAGGGAAACUUUACAGUGGGAAGAAAGUAGCCUGGCCUCGACAGCAGGAGGCAGUAUGGCCACCCAGGCCCCCACUGAUGCAGAGAAAGAAUGCCACAGUAUGGAGGGCCCUUUUCCCAGCAUCAUCCUGGUCCGACCAAGUACAGGGCAGAACCCUGGAAGUCAGCACUUCCUUUCAGCUCCCCACUCUGUGUGGUCCGGUGCAAGAAAGAGGUUUUGGGUCUCUGGGCCUCAGGUUUCUCAUCUGUGAAGUGAGCAUGACUUCUGUGGGCUGUGAUGAUAAAGGGGGCUACCGAGUGACCAGGUUCAGGAGCUGCUCCCUAUGUGUGCUGUUGCCAGGUUUCUAUGCGAGGCAUCCAGAGCCGAGCCUGGUAAAUGGGUCAACUGGUGCUGGCCCUAAGCGCCAGCCCCAGGUUGUAUGGACUCAUCCCUUUGACAACCCCAAGAAACAGGUGCCAAUCUGGCCUAUUCAUCAAUGAGGAAGCCGAGGCCCAGAGAGAUGAAGUCACUGGCCCACGGACACACAGCUGUGCCACAGACUGGUGGAAUUCUUUCGGCCUCCUCCCUCCCAGCAGAGGUGCGCAGAAACCUGGUGGGAGGAUUGCUGGGGACUCUCCACCCCUUCCUGGGUUCAUCCAGUCCAAGGUACCCAGUACUAGAGAGCAGCAGACCAGGCGCCUGCCCAAAGGGCGGGGACACACGCUGGAGAACCGGCCGAGCGGGCGCCACUGGGCUCCAGCCAGGCCUGCGUGCGGCCACAGCAGGGAGCUGGGGCCCGCGGGGCCACCACCAGGUAGGUACUGGGAGCCCUGACUGGGAUAGGGGAGCAUGAGGUGGUGGGCUGAACCGUUGGUCUGAUCCCCAACCCUAAUUACCCAGGUUCCCAUUGCCCUGGGUCAGACAGUAUCUUCCCCAGCUCAUCUCGACUCCUCUGAACCUCUUAACACGCUGCGCGCCCCCACACCACUGCCUGAGUCUCCUCAGAAGGAACCAGUUUCACUUUGCCACAGACGUCCCUUCUCUCCAUCCCCGUGUUUAGUUCCCACAUUUAUUUACUUACGCUUGCUUUUGUUUUGUGAGAGGUCUCGCUAUGUAGUUCUUCCUGACCUCAAACUCAGAGAUUCCCUGCCUCUGUUUCCUGAGUGCUGGGAUUAAAGAUGUGUGCUACCCUGCCGGGCAGUAGGGUCUCUUAGAUUUUAGAGAUUUUCUGGCGCUGCUUGGUGGCUCCCCAGAUCAGGCUGCAUCAGCCUCCUAUAGCGCCCCCCACCCCGCGCCUCAAGUUCUAUACUGGCCCCACAGUAACCCCUCAUCAUCUGGCUAUUGGCUUUCCUUCAUGGGGCCAUUCCAGCUUCUCUCUUCAGUGCCUACUCCAGUGACCCAGGGAAACCCCCCUCCCCCAAACCUGAACUGUGCCUCUUGCCUGUCCAAGGUCACAAGAAGUCAUCUUAGACUAGGCCAGAGGCCCCACCAAGCUGAUCACUGACCCUUCCAUCUAGGACUGGGCCACUGACGUCACGGCCCGCCAUGCAGAAGAACUGCAAUGUCCACUUCACCAAAAGUGGCCGGAUGCCCAGUGAGCAAUACUUUUUGGAUCCUGACUCGGGGCACCAAAAAGACAUCCUGACGGAGGAUGAUGUCUACUGCAGCUGUCUGGCUAAAACCUUGUGUCACGUGCCUGUCCCUGUGACCGUAGGUUUCUAUGCUCCCUUUGGCUGCCGUCUUCACAUGAUGCUGGACAAGAUCAUGACGCUGAUGCAGCAGGAGGCCGCGCAGCGCGAGAGCGAGGAGCUGCAGCGCGUGCAGUGGCGACCGCGGCGCGUGCGCGGCUGGGGCGUCCCGCAGCUGUUGUGGUUCCUGGUGUUUCUGCAGCCGGUGAUCACCGAGCUGCACCUGAGGCGCAGGAACGUGCGCUUCCUGUUCAUCCGCUUUAGCGCCUGGCAGUACGCCGGCACCGACAAGCUGUGGGCGGGGCUGGUGACCACGUUGUGCGAGGGCAUCCGCCACCACUAUGGCGCGCUGCCCUUCAGCGUGUACUCGGUGCUGGGCAACAAGCCAGGUGGCCCACGCGACGGCCUCUGCCAACGCGAGUGGCACUGCCGACGCCGCGUGUGCUUGGCACUGCUGGCGCUGCUGGCCGCGCUGUGCCUGGGCGUGGGGCUGCUGUACCUGUCGCUGGGGGGCCAUGCGCCAGGCCACUCGGGUCGUGGCGUGCUUAAGGCUCUGGGAGGCGCAGCCACCACGCUGUCGGGCUCGGGGCUGCUCAUGGCAGUGUACUCCGUGGGCAAGCACCUGUUCGUGAGCCAGCGCAAGAAGAUUGAACGUCUGGUGUCGCGUGAGAAGUUCGGCAGCCAGCUGGGCUUCAUGUGCGAGGUGAAGAAGGAGGUGGAGCUGCUCACCGACUUCCUGUGCUUCCUGGAGAUCUACCAGCGACGCCGGCUGCGCGUGGUCCUGGAGGUCACCGGGCUGGACACGUGCUACCCGGAGCGCGUGGUGGGAGUGCUGAACGCCAUCAACACGCUGCUGUCCGACAGCCACGCACCCUUCAUCUUCAUCCUGGUGGUGGACCCCAGCAUCCUAGCCGCGUGCCUGGAGAGCGCGGGCAACAUGAAGGGCACCGCAGACAACGGCUACCUGUUCCUCAAUCGCACAGUCACGCUGCCUUUCUCCGUGCCGGUCAUGGGCCGUCGCACCAAGCUGCAAUUCCUGCACGACGCGGUGCGCAGCCGCGACGAUCUGCUGUUCCGGGAGUUGACACGCAAGCUGCAGCCACAGAGCCAAGGCUCGGGCGCCGGCGAGGGAACUCAGCUGCUGGCGGUGGAGACGCAGGCGGAUGGGGAGCGCACGCAGGGCCGCGUGGACGCGGAGGCUGCGCGGCGCAUCCAGGAGGCGCUCUGCUGCCUGCACGACGAGCACGACUGCUUGUACGAGUAUGUACCCGACAACGUGGUGUCCAUGCGGCGCAUCGUCAACACUGUGCCCAUCACCGUGCGCCUCUUACAGCAGCAGCAGCACCAGCAGCCGGACCGCGUGGGACCCACCCCGCGCCACGCUGUGGCUUGGGUGGUGCUCGCCAACCAGUGGCCUUGUCGCCUCAGCUGGGUGCUGCAAUGCCUGGAGGACCGGCAGCAGGCGGGGGGCGCGCCCGAGGGCCGCGCACGUCUCUGGGACGUCUUCUGCGACAACAGUCGCGAGCUGCACACCAUGACCAAGGCCUUACAGAAUGUGCUGGACCUGGAUGGCGACCCCGAGCUUUUUGAGCGCUUUCUGGGCACUGAUUUCCCAUUCACUGUGGCCGAGGCACAGAGUUUGCUGCGCUGCACGGUCAACCUGGACCAUUCCAUCCGCCGCCGCAUGGGCCUCAUCAGGGCGGUCAGCGCGCUCAAACCACCCAGCCCACCCAAGUCCCCAUCCCGGGAUGAUCCCCAGGCCAGUCACCGAGCCAAUAACAAGGCAGGGACAUCCCAGGUGGCCCAUGGAUCAGGACACAGUAGAGAGGCACAUCACCCUGGGGACCGGACCGGCAAGCCAAGGCCGAUGGCCUAAAAGUCCUUUAAUUUCAGGGGUGUAGAGGUCGCUUGCGUUUGAAACGGAGAACACCAGCAGCCACAGGUGGCAGCAACAUUCCGCCUGCCCUGAUGAGGGUGUGAAGACAGGGCUGGGCUCAAGACCAAAGGGGUUUGGGAUGGCAUACACCCUGGUGACUUUGGAAGCCAAAGGGCGGCAGGUAGUAGCUUCCUGGAGUAGGCUGUCAGCGCACCAGUGUCUGAGCCAACAGAGGGGCCAGUGAGGAACACAGGAGUCAAAAAAGCAAUAAAGGAAACUGUGGAAAGCCA